UAAAAAGAAAAAGAAAAUAAAAAACUUUUCUUAGUAAAUUAGUGUAACACAAGUUCUGAUUGCAUUUAUGCAAUCAGAAACGGUCGAAGGAUCUGAUACUAUAAAAGAUGUAGAUUUUCUACAUGAUCCUAAAAGUGAGACAAAUAAAAAAAUUCAUAAAAUUAUAAAGAAACCCAAUUUGAAAACUAUGGCACAUGUUAAACAAAAAACGCCGAAGGUCGUGUCUAAAAAACUUUAUGAAAAUUUACUAAGCCAAUAUGAUAAAUUAAAAAUUGAGUUUGAUAAACUUAAAGACUCUUUAUGUGGGUCUAACAUUAAUGAUAAAAAUUUGCAUGAGGACAACCUUGUGCAAAAUGAAUCACAUAAUCGAUUUCAACCUUUAAUGGAAAUUGAAGGUGAAAACAGUGAUAUUGGGGAUCCAAAUAUUAUUUUGGAUCAUAAUAAUGACAAGGAUGACUACAUUAAUUAUGUUGAAAUAUUAAAACAAAAAAAUAAAGAAAAAAAAAAACAGUAAAUCAAUUACUAAUAAUGCUAAGAUGAAUACACGUAAUAAUAAUAUAGAAAUAUCUAAUUGCACACAAAAUCACAAUAAUUAUAAUAAAAACGAUAAAACUACAGAUAAUGUUAAUAAAUUAAGCACUAAUAAAAAUACACCACAAACUAAUAAAUCUAAAAUGCCACCUAUCAAUUUGUAUAAUGCAGAAGUAUUAUUUUUGAAAAAAUCGAUUAAAAAUGAUUUAAAAAUUGACAAUUUCCUCGUUAAAGAAUUAAACAAUAACCACGCGGUAAUCUAUACUAAAAACUUAGAUGAUUACAAAAAUAUUUGUGACAUGCUUUCCAAAGCAGAGACAAACUAUUACACAUACACACCUAAAGAAAUAAAAAAAGUAACACUUGUUCUUAAAGGUAUUAGUAACAAUUACAGUUGCGAUGAGAUUCUAAAUUGCUUAAAAGCUAAAGAGAAAAAGAGCAUAACAUUUGAAAAAGUUACCCAAUUAGCAACUAAAAGAUCGAUUGAACAGAAUAUUAAUUUGCCGUACUAUAUUGUUCAAGCAUCGCCUAAUAGUUCAGUAAACGACAUUAAAAAUAUUAAAGAAAUCGAUCAUAGUAUUGUUACAUGGGAGAAUAUCAAGAGAAAACCUAUACAGCAAUGUACUAGAUGCCAAAGGUUUUCGCAUACAGCAGCUAAUUGUCACAUGGACUAUAGAUGUGUUAAAUGCGGAGAAAAUCACAAAAUUGGAGAAUGUAAAAUUAGGAGUGAAGAUGGGAGAGACAAAUUAUAUUGCACUCUAUGUAAGCAACAUGGCCAUCCAGCAUCUUACAAAAAUUGUCCAGAGUAUAAGAGACGAAUGCAGAUCAAAGAAGAAUUGAAAAUUAAAUUAAAACAAAACAUUACUCAGAGACAUAUGAGUUAUAAUAAUUAUAUACAAACAGAUGAGUUUCUGACUGCAUUUUCUUUGAAGAAGAAUAUACUGUGGUUAUUGGACACAACACCUUCUUCUGAUGAUAUAAGUACUGUUCAUGGAAUACGGUUUGUAAAUGCCAUUAUGCUACUUGUUUCACAUAAAUCUAUGGCGGCACUUUUCAAUCCCUUUAUGAAUAGAACAUAUUUAGCUGAAAAUUUAGGAAAAACUUGGACUGUUAUAGGAAGAGCUGCGUCCCUCUACACAGACCCCUUCUUAUUGAUUAGUGGAAUGUUAACAGCUUACUCGAUGUUAGGUAGUCUAGAACGUGGAGGCAAAAUUAAUGUAAAAAAGGAAUGGAUGAGUCGCAUAUUUAGGAUAUUACCACCUGUAGUAGCGUUAAUGUUAUUUUGCACUUUUAUCAUGCCUCAUAUCGGUUCCGGUCCCCAAUGGAAUUUGGUUGUAGGAACACAUGCCAAUUUGUGCAAAGCUUACUGGUGGAGAUUACUUCUAUUUAUUCAAAAUUAUUUUGGCUUCAGGGAGAUGUGCUUGACACAUACUCAUCAUUUAGGAAUAGAUACACAGCUAUUUUUUUUUUCCCCCUUUAUUAUAUUAAGUUUAUAUAAUUGGCCAAGGAAUACAUGUCUCCUUUUAAUUUUUGCUAUCGGUUUGGGUACAGCCAUGCGAUUUUAUACAUCUUGUGCAAACGAAUUAGCAAACUACAUUUAUUUUGGAGCAAGUAUCAAGCAACUUUUUAAAACAGCGGACCUUGUGUACACAUUUCCACCAUACAGAUCUUCUGUGUAUAUUAUGGGAGUAAUGUUGGGUUAUUUAUUGCGGAAACUGAAAUGCAUUCCUUUUUCGCAAACACAACUUAGGAUUGGUUGGAUUUUGGCUUUCUUAUGUUUCAGCUUAACUUUAAUUCUACCUUCUUCAAUGAGCGAAAAAGUAUAUUCGUACAAUGCUUUUCACGCUGCUAUGUAUUCAGCAUUCGCACCUUUAAGCUGGUGCUCGUUUUUUUCCUGGAUUAUAUUUGUUUCACAUAUGGGAUACAAAAAUUUUGUAACGAAAUUUUUGUCUUGGAAGGGUUUUUUAAUUUCCACAAAAUUGUCUUAUUCGUUAUAUUUAACUCAAUUUCCUGUGUUUUUUUAUAACGUUGGCAGAAGGCGUAAUGGAGAUUUUUAUUAUAAUUUUACCACAAUAAUGAUUUGAACGAGUUUUCAUGUAUCCUGAUAUUUUCAACAAUCUUAACCUUACUAUUUGAUGUACCGUUUCAAAACAUAAAGAAAUUGCUGUGGAAAAGAUAACAGACAGUUUAAAAAUAUUAUAAAUAUGUAUUAUUUUAAUUAUAUAUAUUUUCUAUAACACUCUCUGUAUAGCAAGUUUUUCAAAAGAAAUUAUGCAUGUUGUAAAUAAUUUGUGCGUUAACAUAAAAUUAUGCGUAAUAAUUAAACAUAAUUAAUGCGCAAUCAUUUACUUGCUUAGUGUUUGAAUUCACGAAUUUACCUUAUUUAUAAAAUCUUUAUAUUUUAGAUUUAUAAAAUAUUUGGUUUUAUUUAUGUGACUGUAACACGUUAGGUUUA